AUGGAUCCUCCAAAACCAUCACCACCAUCGUCAACAACACCACCCCAAAGACCGUCCGUCCCCGCCAUCGCGCCCCUCCCAAAGACCCCGCGCAGCUUCCAAACCCCCACCAAGCGCAUCAACACCGGCACCGACCUCGCAACGUUCCUCACAACCACAGCCUACCGCGACAUCCUCCUCUUCCUCCUCCAACUCAACCGCUCUCUCUGCCCGCGCCGCAACCCCACCCGCCCAACCGGUCCCUCCACGACCUUCCCCCUCUCCUCCGUCCCCUCCACCCCCGAACGCGGCCUCCCGCCCUCCAUCGCCCGCCUCCAGAACCUCCUCGCCGCCGCAGAAGCCCUCAUCGACCUCGCGCCCCCGGACCCGGGCCCCCGCCGCUUCGGCAACGUCUCCUUCCGCAAGUGGCACGAGCUCCUCGCCGAACGUGCCCCCGCCCUGCUCUUCAAACACAUCCCCGACGCCGUCCUCGCCUUUCCCACAACCCCGUCCUCCGAGCCACCCGCCUCCGAGCUCCUAGCCUACCUCCUCGGCUCCUUUGGCUCCUCGCAGCGCCUAGACUACGGAACGGGCCACGAGCUCUCCUUCCUCGCCUUCCUCGGCUCGCUCUACAAACUCUCCUACUUCGCCGACGACACCACCACCACCACCACCACCGCAGAAAAUGGCCAACCCGCUGCGCCGACUGACACAGCCGCCCUAGACCGCACCAUCGUCCUCGGCGUCAUCGAACCCUACCUCCGCGUCGUCCGCCGCCUGAUUCUCACAUACACCCUCGAGCCCGCAGGCUCCCACGGCGUAUGGGGCCUCGACGACCACUCCUUUCUCCCCUACAUCUUUGGCUCCGCCCAGCUCACGGCGCCCGUGUCAUCGGACGCCGACCCGAUGCCGACAGAGGGCUCCGUCCGCGGCGCGCCCAAGACGGGAGACAUUGUCAAGCCCGCCGUCGUGGAGGACCAGCGCGGCGAGAACAUGUACUUCUCCGCCGUCGGCUUCAUAAACGACGUCAAAAAGGGCCCCUUUUGGGAGCACAGCCCCAUCCUCUUUGACGUUUCUGGCGUCAAGGACGGCUGGGGGAAAAUCAACAAGGGCAUGCUCAAAAUGUUCAACGCAGAAGUCCUCCAAAAAUUCCCCGUCGUCCAGCACUUUACAUUUGGCUCCCUCUUCUCUUGGGACCAGGACCCAAACGCCGAACCCGUCUCCCAGUCCGUUCACGCCGCGAACCAGCCCUCGUACAACUACCCAGCGACGACGACGGCGCCUCCCCCGCCUCAGGGUGGCGCAGGCACAGCCGCACCGUGGGCAAUAGCGGGCGGCGGCGGCGGCGCUGCUGCUGCUGCUUCUGCUGCUGCUGCUGCCCCGGGUCGCAUGCCUCCCCCCGGUGCUGCUAUCGGUAUCCCCUACUCGCGGCAAGCGCCGCCGCCGUCAUCCGCAGCUUCGGCGCGGGCGCCUCCGACGGGUAUGAUGCCUAUGCCUCCAGGCGCGCAGCAGGCUCGGCAGGGGACGGCUGAUGCGCAAAUUACGUUGACAAAGGCGCCGUGGGCGAAGUGA